CUAUCUGAUAACCUUGUCUCAAGGAUGAAGGAUCUGCCCCAAUCAACGUCAAAACCAUCAAACUCCAUCCCUGGAGGGCCUGAUUUCCAAGGGGGUGAUAACAUGACACUGAAACAUUCUGGAACUGAAGAGGAGAUGUACAAGAGGUAUGAAAAAGAGGCACUGGUGAAAGAAGAGAUGUCCAAGCUUGCUCCACAAGAACAAGUGGUUGCCAAUGCUGACCUCAAAGAGCAAGUGAUCUCAACUGAGGAGCAAAAGAACAUCAAACAGCUUACCAGCCAACUGGAAAAGAAGGAAGCAGAUCUUCAGAGACUUGAAGCCUUUUAUAAAGAACAGUUGGACCUUAUAGAACAGAAGCAUGUUGACUACUACCAACUUGCGUCAGCACAAUUCAAUGAAGCUGCAGCAAUAGCAGAAGUUCGUGUCAAGUCAAGAAACUAUGAGCCUCUCUGUGCAAAUCUGCAAUCCCAGAUCCUUAAUUGUUACCAAGAAAAUCCACAGCUGACUUUAAAGUGCUCUGGCUUCGCCAAGGAAUACCGCCAUUGCAUCAGAGAGGCACAAAAGAUGCCCACAGGGGAACCUCCAAAGGCCACUGCUAUCAUCACUCGGCCCAGCUAUCUGGAUGCUCCCCCUCAGGGAACCUAGGAAACCAAUAAUAAUCCUAAUGUCCUCUUCAGUGACCAUCUCACCCCAAGAUGCUGUUGGUGAAUCAUGGCUAAAGCGCAAGAAGGCUCUGUUCAGUGCCUGUUCCCGUAGAAACAAUGUUCUGCUCUUCACAAACAUGAAAGGGUUUGUCUAUGAUUGUGUUUAACAGUAAAUAUGCAUUUGAACUGACUUCAUCAACCCCUUGAUAUUAGCUCAUUGCAAACGUAACUCAGUGUUCUUUUGAAACUCUGCAUAAAUCAACCCAAAUUAUUCCCUUUCUGCUGUAUGUACAUAUGGAGCAUUCCAUCAUGUCGUACCUUCACCUGAAAUCUCAUGUUAUAAUAAUUAAAUGGUUCUGUGUUUAUUGUGUUCAGUUGAAUAAAGUUUUUGUUUUGGAAA